AAUAUUUUAUUUUAAUUUUAAUAGUUUCAACUUAAAUGUUUAAUGAGACUUAACAGCAGAUAUUUCACUAAAAAUAAAUUGACAAUUACGCAUUUAUAAUUAUAAUCCAUCUUCUUAUUUAUAUUAAUUAUAUUUGGACAUCUAUGUUUCAAUCAAGUACAGUGUCUUAGCAAUAAAGCAUUAUGAGUGGAAGUAAUUUUGAUUAUAAUUCAAUGACAUUUGUUAGAGCUACACCUUCUACUGACAAAAUAGAUUUACUAGAAUGUAGAGUAUGUGAAGAUAUAUUUAGCCUCCAAGGAGAGAAAGUUCCAAGACUUUUAUAUUGUGGUCACACAAUAUGUCAUUCAUGUUUGAUACGUUUGUAUCAACGGUGUUCAUCAGUACAAUGCCCCUUUGAUAGACAAACAACACCAGUUGGAUCAUCUGGUGUGUGGGGAUUAAAAAAAAAUUUUGCAUUAUUAGAAUUAUUAGAACGUUUACAAAAAAAUAACAAAACAGAAAUUAACAUCAAUACCUACAUGAAUGCUGAAACAAUGGAAAAAGAAGAACAAUUGCAUGUACUUUGUGAUGAAAAUGACAAUCAUACAGCUGUCCUUUAUUGUACAGUAUGUUGUACAAAUUUGUGUUUUUACUGCUCUGAACAAACACACAGUACACGGACUCUAGCUAAACAUCGAAGAGUUCCUUUAUCAGAAAAACCACAAGAACGACCUCGUUGUCCAUUACAUCCAUCUCAUGUUGCUGAGUUUACAUGUUUACAAGACACUUGUCAUCAACCAUCUCCUCCACUUAUGUGUUUUGUAUGUAAAGAUUAUGGUGUGCAUAAAAAUCAUAAGCACGCAUUAGUUGAAGCAGAAGCAGAAAAUAUACGUACUAUGGUGAAAAAUGCUGGACCCUUAAUGAGAAAUUUAAUGGAAGAAAUUAAUGAAACUAUUCAGAGAUUGGAUCAAGCUAUGUUACGCUUAGAAGGUGGAGAAUCAUCUAAUCUUGUUGAAAAUGAAAUAAAUAACACUGGUACAGGCUGUAUGGCACGAGCCCGAGUACAACUUUAUUUCCAACAUUUACGAGAAACUUUACAAGUUCAAGAAGCUGCUGCAUUAAGCGCUGUUGAUACACACAUUCGAGAAAGAUUGGCUUCAUUGCGAUGUUUGCAAGAAGAUUUAGCAUCAUCAUUAUCACAAGUAGCAGUAAUAUGUGUGCAAUGUGAACAAGCAGUGAGACAAGAUGAUACUCGUGUUCUAUCUGCUAGUGUUGAUAUAAACCAUGCUUUGAAUGUUAUUGAAAAACAUAAACAAAUGUUUACCGAACUUGGACAAGAACAAAUACAACCAGAUUCUAGUAUACCAAUAACUUUUACUAAAGACAAUAGAGUACACAUUGGGCCAAAAAUGGAAAUACGUGUUGUUACUCUAGGCUUAGAUGGAGCAGGCAAAACUAGCGUUUUAUUUAAAUUGAAACAAAAUGAAUUUAUGACUAUGAUUCCUACACUUGGAUUUAAUGUAGAAACAGUUGACUAUAAAAAUAUGAAAUUUACAAUAUGGGAUGUUGGUGGACAACCUAAAUUAAGGCCAUUAUGGAAACAUUACUAUCUUAAUACACAAGCAGUUGUAUUUGUGAUAGAUUCAAGUGAUCAACCAAGAUUAUUAGAAUCUUCCAAUGAAUUGGCAAAACUUAUGACAGAAAAAGAACUAAAAGAUGCAGCUUUAUUAAUUUUAGCUAACAAACAAGAUAUCCCUGGUUGUGUAACUGUUGAAACAAUAACAGAAUUAUUUGGUUUGUAUAAGUUAUGUUGCGGAAGAAGUUGGCAUAUACAAUCUUGUGAUGCUCAAAGUGGAAAUGGCCUUCAUGAUGGACUUGAUUGGCUUGCUAGGCAGUUAGUUGCAUCUGGAGUCCAUGAUCUCAAUUAAUUAUAAUAGUUAAGAAUUUAAAAGUGACUAUGUAUAAAAAAUUCUACUAGAAAUUUUUUACCAUGUAAUAUAUAUAUUUAUUAAUUAUAUUAUUUUUUCUUGCAAAUGGCCUAAAUUAAAAAUGUUUAGGUUUGUUCUUGUUGA